AGCAGGAGGGAGCACAGAGGAGGAGACAGAGGCUGGUCACUGCUGCGUUUCGCUCCUGCAGCGCUAUUGUCAUCUCUGUGGCACAGGGAGCCACAGACGCGCUGUGAAAGAGUGGAUUUACAGAGAGACACUGAUCUGCAGAUCCAUGGAUUACCAGCAGGGGGAUGCUGGAGGCUAAUGUGGCUAACAUUAGCAUGACGGCGAAGCCCAGAGAGCUGAACCUCAGGUCUGCUGCUGCCGUCUCCUGCCAGGAUACUUCAGCCCAGGCCAUGGCCUCUAGGAAGCCCCCGCCCAAGCCCUCCGCUCUGCCCCAGGGUCCUUCACGUCCCUCCGGGUCAGAGCUCAAAGUCUACCGGCCCUCCUCUGGAUCUAUCCCAAUUCCAAUCCCCAAUCCUUCUGGCCUCCGCAAGCAGCGAUCACUCAACAACUUGUGUGUGCUCACUGAUGCUGAGAAGAAGCUGCACCUGUACCAGUCUCCACGGUGGAAUGAUCUUACAAACCGGCCUGGCGCUGGCGCCAACAAGGCAGGACAGACUAAAACAGGUCCGGCUGGGGGUGGGAGACCUCCGCUCUCUCGGACCCUUUCAAAGUCAGAACAAUCUCUUUUCCAGGGAAAACCCAAACCACUCUGCUCGCCAGCAGUCACUUCCAACACCGGCAAGCCGAGUCGAAUCCCUGCCCCUGGUAAACCACGGGGACCUUACGCUGAGGUCAAGCCCAUCAGCAAGGCCUCUGAGGUGGGACAGAGUGCAGACAUAGACCCCUCUGACAACCAAAUUAAAGCUAACUCCAAUGGAGCCGGGAGCACCGGGACUAAUGGCAAGAAACCAGGGGAGAAGGUGAGAUCUGCCUCCCCCUCGACAGAGGACAAGAAAGAGAGGAAAGGGAUAGAGGGGGAAGAUGACAAGAGCUUUCUGAAGGUGGACCCAGAAUUGGUGGUGACGGUGCUUGGAGACUUGGAGCAAUUACUCUUCAGCCAAAUCCUCGACCCGGAGUCGCAGAGAAAGAGAACCGUACAAAAUGUUUUGGACCUUCGACAGAACCUGGAGGAGACCAUGACGAGUCUGAGAGGGGUGCAGCUCAGCCACAGCUGUGUGGAGGGGACCAUGUGCUACGACAGCGACGAAGCUGCCGCCUUCUCCGUCUCCAGUCUUUCGAACCGCUCCUCUCCGUUGUCAUGGCGCCAGGGUCAAGCCAGCCCCCGUCUGCAGGCUGGUGACGCUCCGUCCACAGCUAACACCCAGUCGGACAUCCCCCUCCGGAUCAGCCACUCCUCUCGCAUCCAACUCAUCGAGGCCCUGGACGACACAGACCCGUCCCUGCUGAAGGGAGACUACCUCAGCGACAGCGACCUCGGCGGAAAGAGCCAGAAUGAGGAUGAUGAAGACGAUGAUGAUGAUGAUAUUGAUGAUCUGGGGAACGGGUUUGGAAAAGAAUAAGAGAACUCAGGACAUGGUCAGCAGACUGCAAGGACAAGAGGGCGUCGAGAGGGGGUUUAUGAUGACAGUGUGCGUGUGUGUGUGUGUGUGUGUGUGCCAGCAGGACCCCCACAUAGUUCAGAGGGAUAUGUUACCAUGUCAACAAUGCGAUUGUGCAAGGGAAAUAAACGGAGUGAGAGAGUGUGCGUGUGAGCG